UGACGGCUAGUGUUUUAAAACACUGUAACCACAGAUAAGGAAUGAUUAAAAUCAGUUUAAUGGAUAGUAUUAUGUUAACACAUGUAACGCUGUGUGUUUUGAAUGCUGUUUCGUUUGUGGAUAUAUUUUUUAUAAACAUGAAAGUUACCGUGUUAAUGAACUAAUACUGUGUUUAUUUUCUGCAUGUCGCACGCCCGUUGCCGAACACAACAGUACACUGCAAUGCACUGGGCGUGCAAACGCGGUGACGAGAACUUAGUGAAACUGCUGGCGGGUAUCCAUCGCCACAUCGUCAACGAACGCUCGAAUGGGGGAUACACGCCAUUACAUAUUGCAAUGAGAUUUCGUCACGAAAAUGUCUACAGACUUCUAGUAGAAGUAUACGAUGCCGAUCCCAACGUGAGAGACUGGUCUGGCAAGAAACCUCGACAAUACUUAGUGCACAUGGACACAUCACUGUCGCCAGGGUCUUAUCGCAAACCCACCACCAAUAAUAGUUUACGCCGUACAGUUACGUCUGCGCCCACUGUAAGGGUCCCACAAACCCAACUUGAGCUGAUUAAGAAUGAAAAAGAAGGCUUCCUUAGAAUAGGGUCUCUAAACGUACGUGUAAAGAAGACAACGGAAGCGUUCAGCAAUUUUCUGGGCGUUGGAGCUACAAGGUCAUCCGCGUAUGUGCCUAAAUCAGCCCGUGACAGAGAUCUAGAUAGACGGUCUGAUGAUGGUGACCAACUCCACAAAUCGUGGGGAUCAGCUGAUAAUAUACAAAAAGACGAUAAGUUGAUGCCUCCCCCAAUGAGCAGCAAGAUCAGAAGACGUGGUGCUAGCGGAAGACGAGGAGUUGGAGCUCACAGCCGAAGUACACCAUCCACUCCAGAUCAGCCACGAGCACAAAUGGGCGUUAGUGAAGAAGGCGAUUCAGAUUCCGAUUCUGCGGCUGGCUUUCAUUCAGCCUGGAGGCAACCAAGAGGAUCACAAAGUUAGUUUAUAAUUGUAAAAGAUUCUUAGUCUUUAUCACAAUUACAAUAAAAAAAAUAUUGGUCUCGUUUUUAAACCAAUUAUAAGAACAUACCAUUUUUUUUAUAUUAUGCAUAUAAAUAAUAUUAGACUUUAUCACAAUUAUAAUAGAGAUUAUUUUCGCACUUUUACAAUUAUAUUGUACGAUUCUUUGAAUUCCCAUUAAAGCUUUUCAUUAGUGUUUAUUUAUAUAUAAAAAGAAGCAAAGAAUGAAAUGCGUUCCUCUAUUUUACAAUCAACUUGAUUUACAAUGAAUUUACAUUUUUUAUAAUGAAGGCCAUAAAGCCAUUUUUGUCCUGUGUUAAGUUUUUUAUUAAGAAUGUCGUUACUGAAUGUCAAAGCAUUUUUGCUCUAAAUCAUAUUAGUUAUAAUGGUUAGUUCUGUUUGUUAAGAUGUAUUAUAGAAGUUAAGGAACUGUACCAAUACGUGCGUUCAAACGUUUGAAAUGAUAAUGUAUUUUAAUAUUUGCUGUAAAAAAUAUAUUUGCUCGUAUAAAUGUAUUUAUGUGUUAAGAAUAUAAUCACUCGAAGUGUGAUAACUUGUAUUAAUAUUUUCUGUUUGUUUUAUUUUAUUAGUUUGUAAACAGUACAAAAUCCUGUUCGACUAUUUACGCUGUGUACGGUUAGCAACAAAAAUAUUAAACAUUCCAUUUAAUCGAUACUCAAAUAUUGUUAUUACAAUUUUAAUUGAACAAAAGUUUUAACUUUGGAUGAAGUGAAAUUAAUUUAAUAUUAUUGCACAAAAAUUUUAUACGUCACGUUUGACUGAAGCUUUGACUUUUCUAACACAAAUGUUUCACUUCUAUCUGUACUGAUUUACAUGCGCUUUUUUUUAUUUUAAAUCUAUUAUGUGUUUGUUUAUGGUUAGAAAUUAAUUACAUACUCGUUUAUUAUUCACUUAUGUAAACUAUUUACAUUUACAAAUAAUAAUAACAAUGUUAAAUACAUUCCACAAUGGACCAAUUUUAUAUUUGUAU